UUUCUAAGAACAACAUUAAAAUUUUUAUCUUUAGAUAACCCAGAAAGCACGAUAAUAAAUCAUUUUUACGAUAAUUGAAGAAGAUAAUUAGCACAAUGCAAGACUCCGAUGAUCUGGAACUGCAAGUCAAUGCAGACGAAAUGUGUCGCACUUGUUUGGGACAAUUCCCUCUCAAUCAGCUCAAACCAAUUUUCUGCAACGAAAUUCUUGACGGGAAGAUCGUUCCUUUUCCCCAAGUAUACGAAACCACAUUGGGUAUUAAGCCCGUGAAAAACGAUGUUUUCCCAAAGAAUGUAUGCGUUAAUUGCAAAACCAGACUGAAAGAGUUGUUUUCCUUCAAAGAGAAAACGUCGAAAUCGUUUGAUUUGUUGUAUGAAAUCUUUGGAAUUGAAAAACCUCCACCACCGCUUUCUCCUCUGUUGGCAAAGGUAAUGACUACGGCAGGAACUCAAACAACUGAAAUAGUCAUCCGGGAAAAAGACGUCAAUCUGUACAGAAGAUUUCUUACCAUCGAAAGAACUUCCAAACCUCCUACUAAUGAUUCCGCAUGUCAAGUAGAACCUGUGUUGGAAGAUUCAUCAAGUCAAACUGAACCUAUACUGAAACUAAUAAAGAACGCCUCAGUUCAAGUGGAUCAACCUACAGAACCAGCUGAGUAUUCGAAUGUCGAGCUAGAUGUGUCCUAUAAUGAAGAGUUACUUGAAGAAACAGAAAUAGGUGACGACAACGAGGAUGAAAGUUACACUCACAUGGAUGUGAUUGACGACAUUGAAGAAGUUGAUAUCGUGGCAAUCCAGGAAGAAAAUAUUGAGGAUACCGAAAUAACGGAGAUCACAGAUCAAGAAGAACUCAAUGUUGAUGACAAAGCAUCUAAAAGUAAAUCAAAUGGCCCAAUUAAGCUUGAGCCGCUAUCUGACCUUGAUUUGGAAAAUGAAGCAAUUGAAUAUUUAGCAUACGAAAUCGAUAAUGAACCAGAAGCAGAAACAGAGUCGGAAUCCUACAAAGUUUCGUCCAAAAAAGCAGUAUUCGCUAAGAAAGAGAAAGAGUGCACUUAUUGCCAAUUUAUCACAAACCUUGGUGCGGCGUUCGAUGAGCAUAACGCUAUACAUCAACAAACACUUGAAAGUAUUUUUGAUAGAGCGGAUUAUUUCCGUUGCACGAUGUGCAAGCUGGUUUAUGCGACAUCGAUUGGAUUGGAAAACCAUUUAAAUUCAAGAACAUGUACUCCGAUUAAUCCUAGAAAUUUUGUAGAAUCUAAUGAGAUGCUCAAACACGAACAGUUCUAUAACAAUGGAUUAGAUAUCUGUGUACCGAAGAUGAUAUCUUUUCAUAUGAACGAGGACUCGCAAGUCGUUUGCAGUGCAUGUAGUUUAGCCUUCGAAACACUUUCCGGUGCUGUAGAUCACUUUUCCUUCACACACCAACAGGAAGAAAUGAACAACGAUAUGAAUGAGACUUGGGAGGAGAACGGCUACAAUCAAAUCCACGCAUGUGGAAUAUGCAACGAACAGUUUUCGGAUGCAAGCUUCAUCAGACAACACGUCUACUUUCACCGACCUAGACAUGAGUGUCCAUUCGAUUGCAAGGAAUCGUUCAAAGAUUUCUAUAAACUAACGGUCCAUUUGAAUCGGAAUCAUCUUACAGCAACUGUCACUACUUCGUCUAGUGAAAAGAAAGAGGCUCUGCAAUCAGAUAUAGUUUGCCAAAUUUGUUUUAAAAGGUUUACCUCGAAAGCGUCGUUCAAGGUGCAUUCAAAGAAUCACUUCGCCGAUCGUCGGUACACAUGUACCAUGUGUCCCAAAGCCUUCCUGCAAAAAUCAGACCUUACUAUCCACAUCCGGUCGCAUACGGACGAGCGACCGUUUACAUGUAUCAUUCCCGGAUGUGACAAAAAGUUCAGAACAUCAAGCCACCGGCGGGAUCACAUGUCUACGCACGUCGAGGAGAAAAAAUACCAAUGUCAUAUCUGCCAGAAGUACUUUAAGGCUGAACGAAUUCUCCAGGGACAUAUAAGGCUACACUCAGGAUUUAAACCGUUUGAGUGCGCAGAGUGUGGAAAAACUUUCAGUCGGAAGCAUCAUGUGAAGCUGCAUAUGAAAACCCACGGAAAGGAUGUGAAUUUCACGUAAUCAAAAAUUAAGGUAUGUUUUAUUGUUUACUAAAGUAAGAAUAAAGUAUGAUCAUU